UCUCUGUCUCUCACACACACAUACACACACACUUACACACACACUCUCACAUACACACACACACACACACACCCUCAUAUACACACACACACACACACAAAAGAAACUCACUGAAUGGUGACUGAAAGAGGACAAAGACAGAGUGCUGACACUGAAGGAGAAACACAGCAGUGGUGGAGAGAGAGAUAGGGGGGGGAGGGGGGAGUAACUCAGGCAGAGAGAGAGAGAAACACAGGAAGAGAAUUUUGACACAGUGUGUGAUGAAGUGAUGGGAUUUUAGCGCUACAGAACAUACACAAGCUACACAAUCUUGUAAACACAACAAGAGCGGACGAACCGGAAAGAUUUAAACACACACACACACACACACACACACACACACACAGACCCUGAAGUUACCGUGAGGACUUUGCACUGAGCAGAGAGAGGAGUGUGAUGUCUCGACAGAGCUGGGGGUUCUCCUCUUUACGUCUGAAGAAUAAACAGACUUCAGAGGACACGAAUGCCUUCCAGAGGAGAGGAAGAUUCUUUUCAUCUCUCAGGGAGGAUCGCAGACAGAAACUGUCCAGCGUUUCUGAAGAUGGCUCUGCUGCAGACGGAGAAAACCAAAAUGUCUUCACUGAGAGAGAAACAGAGAGAGCUAAAGGUACCGUUUUCCUGGGUGAAGAUGAGGAGCAGGAUAAAGGAGCGAUGAAGAGGCUCAGCACCAUGUGGAUGUCUGUCAGGGGCAAAAUGAGCCGAGACAGAAGUCUGAAAGAACCAGAGUCUCUGCUGAGUCCAGACACAGCUCCUGUGGAUGAGCAGCAGCGAGAACCGCGUUACGCCAGUGGCCAGUUUUUCUUUGAGUACCUGGUGGUGGUCAGCCUUAAAAAAAACAAAACUGGAACAUACGAGCCACAAAUAUCAUACCAAUUCCCCAAGAGGGAUGGUAUGGUGCGUUUUCAGAAGGAGGAAGAGGAGAAGACGCUGAAGGCUAUCACACUCUUCUGUUUUCCCGAAGGCAUUAAUUGGGCUCCACUGACAGAAUAUUCCAGUGAGACGUUCUCCUUCGUCCUGACUGAGGUGGACGGCAGCAGGAGAAACGGUUACUGCCGCAGGCUGCUGCCUCAUGGAAAUGGCGCUCGUCCCCCGGAGGCGUAUUGCAUCAUCAGUAAAGUGGCCUGUUUUGGUCUUUUCUCGAAGAUCUUUGAUGAGGUGGAGAAGCGGCGUCAGAUCUCCAUGGCGAUGAUCUACCCGUUCAUGCAGAGUCUUCGUGAGGCUCCAUUUCCUGCUCCAGGAAACACAGUGCAGAUCAAGAGCUUCAUCCCAGACUCCGGCACUGAGAUAAUCAGUCUGACACGCCCCACAGACUCGUGGUUGGAGCACGUGGAUUUCCGCACAUUAUUCCACUGUUUAUCGGAUGAAGAAGUGCUGCAGGUUUUUGCUGCUACAGUGUUGGAGCGCAGAAUCGUCUUCCUCGCUGAGGAGCUGGGGACAUUGUCUCAGGUGAUCCACGCUGUCUCUGUCCUCCUCCAUCCCUUCAUCUGGCAGCACACACUUAUCCCCAUCGUGCCUCAAAUCCUGAUUGAUGUCGUCAUGGCACCCACACCGUACCUGCUGGGGGUUCAGAAGCGCCUGGCUGAUGAGGUCAUUGAUCAGGGGGAUCUGCUGGUUGUUGAUUUGUCAGAUGGUCGAAAGGAAACCUUCAUCAGACGAAUCGGAGAUGAGGAUUCCAUUCUGCCCCACAAACUGAAGGAGGAGAUCCUGCAGGCUCUGAGGAGCAGGAGCGAGAAAUCCAGUCUGGAGGAACUGAACCACAUCGUCCCUGAAGCCUUCCUGCCAUUCUUCAUCAAAACCGUUGGCCAUUUCUCCAGAUACGUGGUGAGGAACAGGCCGGACGCAGCGCCACACUUCCACAAGAGGAACUUCUGUAAAGCCAUCGAGUCCAAAAGUGUCCGACAUUUCGUCAAGAAGUUCGUCCAGACGCAGAUGUUUGACCUGUUUAUCCAGGAGGUGGAGCAGAGACCCACCUCUCAGACAGGUUUUUUUGAGCAGAAGAUCUCCGAGUAUCACAGGAAGAUGAGAGAGAAAGUGAAGAAACACUAGAACUUUAUAAAGAUGUAAAAUGUUCUGAAGCUGGACGUUAAAUAAUUAUUCAGACUGUAGAUAGAAAAAUGCUUCUUAUUUAUCUCUUUGAUUUAUUGUAAAUUUGGGGAAUGUGUGUAUAAUGGAUUAUUCUCAAAUGUGUACUAUAUUAUCUGUAGAUUGUGUGUGUGAAGAUUAUUUUAAUAUUUUAGUUUAAAAUUUUGGACUUGAUUUUUUUAAAUGAUAAACAAGUGGUUUUCAAAAACUGAGCCAGAAUAAAAACUUUUAUUUAUAAA